AUGGCCGAUUUCAGUAAAAUAAUUGCUACAUUUGAACAAAAUCCUUUAGAAUUCAAACCUCAAUUGGCUUCAAAAAAAGGAACCAGCUCCAAUAUUUCUUCUUCGAAUAAUAAUCCCAAUUACCCACCUGCGAUUCCGCAAAAGAAGAGAAUGUUACUAAAUGAAACUCAAGGAGUAAGCAAGACCGCAAAUUCAGUCAAUAACCAGUUAAAUAGGUUUGGACAUCCGAUGAGUCCUGGUAAAGAAAUCGAGCCACAAACAAAUAUACAGGACUGUAGAGUGUUGCCAAACAUUGUAAAUGUAAACGGAAAAACUUACAAAAAAAUUGAUUUCAACAAAAAUUUAUACAUUCGGCAAAUAUUGCCUAAAAAACCAUUUAUGAUACCUGCAAAUGUCGAUUUGUCCAGGUUUAAAUCACUCAAAAAUACUUCAAUCUCGAACGACAAAACCAUAAAAACUGUCGAACAAUUUCGGUACAGUGAAGAUCUUGAAGAAUACUAUACAGAUAUUAAAUGA